AUCCAUCGAUCAUUAAUCAGCCGAGAAUUCUUUUUUUCAGGCAGGUCUUUUAAUUCCUGCUUCCCCUUUGCUUUCUUUCCUCUUUUGAGGUACAGACAGACAGAAUGCAGGCCUACCUCCAAUAUCGCCGCAUAGGCCAGGCCGUGCAGAAGCAACUCGACGACUAUCCCGAACUAGCGCAUCUGCCCCAAGACCGGGGACAAGCUCAUCAAGUCCUAGAACAACCGGAAAUAGACACAAAGCCUGAACUCUCAACCCUCCCCCCAGGCAUCCAACCCUAUCACUACACCGACCCCGCCGGAAAACAAUCAACAAUAUACCUAGUAACCUGGGCCGACGAACAUGAUACCCUCAACCCCCAGAACUACACCCUCGCCUCGAGACUCGCAGCGACGCUGAAUGUGACUGCACUAGCGUUCAUCGUCGGCGCAGCAUCAUCAAUCGAAUCGGGCGUGUUACCGCAGAACGCAGCUGCGUUUGAGGUUAGCGAUGUCGUUGCUUCGCUGGCGACGGGGAUCUAUCUACUAGGGUUCGCGGCGGGAUCGCUUGUCUCCGGGCCAUUGUCUGAGGUUCUAGGACGGAAUGCCGUGUACGCGGGAUCUCUUACGCUGUUUAUGAUUUGGGAAAUGGCAUCUGGUCUGGCGCCGAAUAUUGGUGCGCAAUUGGCAUUUCGGUUUUUAGCUGGUAUAUUCGGGUGUCCACCCCUAACCUGUGCGGGAGGGACAGUGGCGGAUUUGUGGAAUCCGCUUGAGAAAACGCUUUUGUUUCCUAUGUACGCCAUCCUCUCCUUCGGAGGACCUGUGCUUGGCCCCGUGAUCGCGUCGUGGAUGGGGCAGGGUGUAUUGUCGUGGCGGUGGACGAGCUGGAUUAUCCUCAUUGCGUCGGGGCUAGUCAUGGCCACAGUCAUCCUCUUCCAGCCAGAAACCUACUCCCCCUUACUCCUAAAAUGGAAAGCCCAACAACUCCGCCACCGAACAGGAGAUAACCGGUUCCACGCAAGAAUGGAGUUGGAAAAAACCGCCCUAUUCACACGCAUGACGGGUGCUUGUUUCCGCCAAUUCGAACUAACCAUGCACGAACCUAUCAUUUUGCUGAUAUCGCUAUACAUGACAAUAAUCUACAUUGUGUUGUUUACUUUCUUCGACGGAUACGAGUAUAUUUAUACCGAUGUGCAUGGUCUCUCGCAGGGUCUUACGAAUAUCGUUUGGGUGGCGAUGUAUUGCGGGAUUAUGUUGGUCGCACUGCUUGUGCCGUUGGUGUAUCGGUGGACGAAGCGUGAGUUUGAGGCUGCUGCUGCGGAGGCAGAGCCUGGGGUCGAUGGGAAGAAGAAGGUUCAUACACGUCCUGAGAACAGACUUUGGUUCGCUAUGAUGGGUGCACCGUUUAUUCCUAUCGGAUUGUUUUGGAUGGGUUGGACGGAUUAUAGCAAUAUCUCAAUCUGGUCCCCCAUAGUCGCCUCCACGGUCUUCGGCUUCGGCACCAUAACCGUCUUCAUCUCCUCCUACAUGUACGUUAUCGACUCCUACGACAUCUAUGCCGCCUCUGCACUCGGUUUCAUGACUGUAUCGCGGUACGCGGCGGCCGGUGGAAUGACGGUCGUGGGAGUGCCAUUUUAUAAGAAUAUGGGGGUGCAGUAUACGUUGACGAUAUUGGGCUGUAUUAGUGCGGUUAUGACAGUUGUGCCGUAUGUUUUUUAUCGGUGGGGGCAUGUUAUAAGGGGGUGGAGUCGGUAUGCUGUUAAUAAGUAGCUCUGCAGCCCGGAUGGAGGACGGGGUGCAAAGUGUGAAGUGCAAAGUGCAGAGAAUGAACUAUGGAUGAGUACAGGUUGAUGACAGGCAGGUCUGUAUAAAGUCAUGACUUACAACAUGGAAAAAGCAUAGACUAGACGAUAGAUAUAAACUAAA